UACAGCUUGAUGGAUGACAAUACAGACAAAGUGGUACACUUUGAGCUGGUGCAAGUUACAGAAUCAUCAAGCUCUGUAGCAAUGGAGUCGACUGGUUUCAGGAGAGCACUCGGCAAAAUCCUAGAUGACGAUAUUGGAGUAAGUGUGGUGACAACUGAUAGAUCCCCAUCCAUUCGCAAGAUAAUGCGAGUCGACUACACAAACAUUCAUCACGAGUUUGAUGUAUGGCAUGUGGCAAAAGGAAUGAUCAAGAAAUUGGCUUCGGUAUCCAGAUACAAAGACAACAGACCACUUCAGCCAUGGAUUAAGAGCAUUAGCAAUCAUCUGUGGUUUUCAUGUUCAUCUUGUGGAGGUGACCCGGAUGAGCUGAUCAAAAGGUGGAAGUCACUUCUGCACCACAUUUGUGGGGUUCAUUCCUGGACAGAAGAUGGAGAAGAAAGAAGAUGUCUGCAUAGCGAGCUUACCUCUGAUGAGCAGAGAAAAAAGAAAUGGCUUGAUAAAAAGUCCAGGGCAUUCAUUACAUUAGAGAACCUUGUCUUAGACAAGGGUCUUCUGAAGGACCUCAGGCAGAUGGCACUUUUCAAGCAUACUGGUAAGCUUGAAGUGUUCCAUUCACUGCUCCUGAAGUACUGCCCCAAAAGAAUACACUUCCAUUACACAUCAAUGCUUGCACGUACCCAGGUGGCAGUGCUUGAACACAAUGAGAAUGUUCACAGACAGCAGGCCAGAACCAACACUGGUACGCCACGGUUCAGUGUAGUGUUCCCCAAGCACUCUAAACAGUGGGUGGCCGAAAACUGUACGAGUCCCCAACUCAAAAUUUCAGAGAUGAUCUUGUACGUUGAGUAUUUGAGAGGCGCAUGGACAGCACUAUUAUUUACAAGGACUCUUCUUCACAUUUGGUAAUACAAUCUGUCCCAAAAAACAUAUCGCAGCAGACCAAACCAUCUAAGGAAGACACAGUCGCAAAGCAUUUGUCACGAUUCUCAAAGUAGUUUUUUACAGACCGACAACAGUGUAGGUUAACUUUACGAAGUGACGCUAAUAAGUUCCACAUUGCAUGGUGGUUUUCUU